CUCAGAAUUGCAUUCAUUAUUACAGCCAGGAAGUACCCGGAGUCGGUAGUGUUGCAGUUAGAUCAGCACCAUUUCACGAUUCUUCGCUCAGAAACAUCCCAAGAUUGUUUACUCGGCAGAAUUAACCUAUACUGAGUCUGUACCAUGGCCUACGCAACUGACGCUGCACGGUGGCGAGCCCUCACAGUAAGAGAUGCUGACGCAAACGGCCAUUUCAUCUACUCUGUCAAAUCCACACGGAUCUACUGCCGGCCAACAUGUCCAGGACGAUUAGCGCGUCGGGCAAAUGUUGGAUUCUAUGCGACUCCGUUUGAAGCUGAGGCAGCUGGGUUCAGAGCCUGCAAGAGAUGCAAGCCAAAUACCGUACUUGAAGAUCCACAGGAGCGAGCGGUAGAGAAAGCAUGUGUAUUGAUCGACGAAGCCUUGAAGAAGGAGGACCCAAGCUCACUGAGACUGCAAGACUUAGCUAAGAAGGUCAACCUCACGCCUCGGUACUUCCACAAGAUCUUCAAAGACAAGACAGGCUUGACGCCAAAGGAAUACGCAAAGAAUAUUGCGGCCCAGCGCAACAGCCCCGGCACAAUAUCUGCUUCAACGACGAGUGCAGAUGAAGGGAACCAAUUGCGAGAUUGGGAUACAUUCGACUUCAAUGAUCUAGUUAAUAUGGGAGCAGACUCAAGUCCACUCAACAUGAACGACUUCAGCGUGCCCGAGGAGCACUCGUCUGCGAUCCAUCACGAUUUCAACUUCAACAUGAGCAAUCUCCUAGCGUCUUGGAGCGACAACUAUGCGUUCGACCAGUCUAUUUCCUGGCCGGCCGAUGCCUUCGUGGGUAGGCCAGCAAUGUCGGAACUCUAUGAGAGGGCGGAGUUACCAGUGUCAACACUUGAGCUGGAUGCUGCUGCGUUGCUCGACAGCAGUAGCAUGUCGAGUAGCCUGCGAAUAUAGUAUCCAUAGUAUCCACAUAUAUGCGAGCGCAUUCAUUCUAUGAUAUAUGCGUCAUGCAACUGCUACUAAGCAUGCUCAUGCUACUGCAAUGUGAU